AGAGACGCCGUCUCGCGUGGAUCAACAAGGUGUUCUUGUCCGUGCAAAACGCGUUCAUCAGCAUGGGCGCCGCAUACGUAUGCAAUAUAGUGGCCAUGCUUGUCGUGGUUCUCGUCACAGUCGAAGCGGGCGACAUGAUGCGGAAGAGCAUCGUCUUCGACAAAAACACACCGGACGUGUUCUAUUGCCCGCAGCAGAAGCCGACGGGCUUCAAGAAGAUGAUCGUGAACGCGAAACCGUUGUCCAAGCUGUGCCAAUUCGAGGGGAAACCGAUACCUCCGGAUUACAAAAGCGAUUGCUACAACGACGUGGACGAAACGGAGUACGCCUGCAAAGAGAAAUACAGAAUUAUGAAGCGAUUCAGAAACGCGGAAGGGGAUGAGAAAGCUGCGGAUGACCUCGCCAAGAAAUAGAUGAGAAUCAGUGCUGCACGGCCGAAACUACGCGUGCAAUUUAUGCAAUGCGCGAUUAAUGCUCAAGCUUGCAUCCCAGCAGUCCUAUAAUUACAAAGCACUUGUUUUUUUUUUUUUUUUCUUUAAAUUUGAACAACCAAUAGUCCGGUUCGUUGUUGGACCAUUCGAACCGAAUGAUCGAACGAUCCUUGGUAAUUGAAAUUUAUACACGAUAAAGGGAAUUAAAGUAAAAGCACCAAUAGUGGGUAAUAUUUACUACUGGUGCAAUUACCUUAUUUAAUCUGCAAUAGUACAAAGCAUUUUAUUUAAUACUAUUAUUGUUAUUUCAUUGUAUGUGAAAUUCUGGUAGGAUCGGACGUAAAUCGAAUACCGAGUCUUAUAUUUUUACCACCUUUUUGUUCCUUUUAACGCCGGAGAAUUAGAAUUAGAAGGACUUAGACUUUACCGGUGCUCUGUACCUUCCGAGCUUGAUGGGUGAUUUGUAUCUUUUGACGAUAACAUUAAAAAAAAAAAACUAACCACAAUGGAGUUGGGCAAAUUGAUCAUUAAUCCGCCACGUUAUGGCUUCGAAAGCUGCUUCGAGAAAACCCAGAAACUAUGGUUACGCAAUCCCUGAUAUUUCGAUAACCGUUUGCGCACUAACUUUCCAUUAUCCAUUGCGUCGUGAACAUUGAUUACGUUUGAUAUAUUUAUACACGUGAAUGCCUGUCUCUUGAAGAAUAAAUCUUAACUGUAAUAACAGAAAUUGUCUCGUUAGUUACUUUAAUGAAGUUCGUUCGAUUUAAGUUGACCUUACUUCGUUACGUUGAAAAAGCUCGUUUGUCUCUGAUAAGAAAAUCCCAC